AGAGGCCGCUCCAGCGCCUGCUCGCAGUGCGGAUCCUGGUAAUGCGGAAGCGGGCAAGCUGGCCAUGGGGCUCCGGGCGAGUUCCGAGCUUGUGGCGCUGAGCCCGCUGAACGCUUGGUGGCUCACGCUGGCCGCCGCCUUCCUGCUGAGCCUGAUGCUGCAGCUUCUGCCGCCUGGCUUGCUCCCCAGCAACGCGCUCUUCCAGGACCUGAUCCGCUAUGGGAAAACCAAGCUUGAGGCCCCUCUGCGCCCGGCCUACUUCCAGAGUUUUGAUGUUCCCAAGAGGUAUUUUGUUCACUUCUAUGUCAUCUCAGUGCUGUGGAAUGGCUUCCUGCUUUGGUGCCUUACUCAAUCUCUGUUCCUGGGAGCACCUUUUCCAUACUGGCUUCACACUGUACUCAGAAUUCUUGGGGCUGCGCACUUCCAAGGGGGUGAACUGGCGCUGUCUGCAUUCUUAGUAUUAGUGUUUCUGUGGCUACACAGUUUGCGAAGACUCUUCGAGUGCCUCUAUGUCAGUGUCUUCUCCAAUGCCAUGAUUCACGUCGUGCAUUACUGUUUUGGAAUCAUCUACUAUAUCCUUAUCGGCUUAACUGUGCUGAGCCAAUUGCCAAUGGACGGCAGGAAUGUCUAUGUGAGAGGGAAGAAUCUCUUCAUGCAAGCGCGAUGGUUCCAUAUCCUCGGAAUGAUGAUGUUCAUCUGGUCAUCUGCUCAUCAGUAUAAGUGCCACGUCAUUCUUGGCAGUCUCAGGAAAAAUAAAGCAGGAGUGGUCAUUCACUGUAAGCACCGAAUCCCUUUUGGAGACUGGUUUGAAUAUGUUUCUUCCCCUAACUACUUAGCAGAACUGAUGAUCUACAUUUCCAUGUCUGUCACCUUUGGAUUUCACAACUUCACUUGGUGGCUAGUGGUGACAUAUGUCUUCUUCAGCCAGGCCCUGUCUGCUCUCCUCACCCACAGAUUUUACAAAAGCAAGUUUGUCUCCUAUCCAAAGCACAGGAAAGCUUUCCUACCGUUUCUGUUUUAAGAUAACCUCAGCCAUAAAGAAUGCAAGCCAAGUGACAGGUUCAAUUACUAAGGACAAUGAAGCCCAGAGACCAAAGUGAAGUUUCUGCAGAACUGUUUGAAAGUCUCUGUUCCAUUUUUAUACCCAAGCCUUCACCCACUGAGCAAAGUAGUACCCCUCAAGAAAAUGAAUCUUCAAAGAACUAUUUCUGGCAGAUCUGGGAGUGCUAUGUUUGCCUUCUGAGAUCCUUUAUAAAACCAACCAACUGCUAAAAAGUAGAUGAGACCUCUCCAAGCAGCUUCAAAAAGCAAAUUAAACAAAAGUAUGCAAACAGCUUCAAACAUACACAUAUAUACACAAAAGAAGAGAUAAGGUCAUCUGUGGCCUUAUCUCUUUUGUUAGGGACAAAUUAACUGAACUACAUAAUAAGCAAUAUAGUAGGUGCUCAUUAACUGUUUGUUGCAUUUCAAUAAAAGCAGAAUAGCCUUUGAAAAUAACACUGUAAUUUCACAGCAAAGGAUUCAGGGAAUAAUGAGGGUUGGAGUUAAUUUAUACUUUCACAUAUUACCACAAAGGUGUCUACUUAUGUAACCAUCAGUUGUCAUUUCCACUCAUCUCCCUCAAAUCAUAGUCCAACAGAAAGUUUGAAACCUUUUUUAUUUAAUACUUUUUUGACAUCCCUUUCAAGGGAAUACCUUAAAAGUGAAAGCAUCUGAACAUAAAGUAUUUGUAUAUUCAUGUAUAAAAAGCCUUCUUGAAUGGAAUUGACACUCCAGAUUAGAUAGUGCUGUAGUCUCAUUUAUAUGUAGUUAUUCAAAUUGGAUUAAUGUCUGCCUGAGUUUAUUUUAACUAAUAGAAUGAAUCUGAAGCUAUUUAGGAAUAAUGUUUACACUUAAAAUAGCUUAUAUUAAAGAAAAUACUUGUGAUUAAAUCAAAGGGAAAUAAAUGCAUAAUGUGAAAGAAAAACAAAAACUUGAAAAAUAAUACUAUAGCCUGAGAAAUGCAGUAAAAUCUGCACAUUUAUGCAACCUAA